AUCAACACGGACGAGAACAUGACAUCUGCAUCGCAACUAAGUAAUACAAUCCACAAGUGCAGAGUAGAGAAGCAGCAUGGACAACCACAAACCUACGACGUCCUUGUUUGACGUAUAUUUGCGCCUUCGACCAUCCUCCGCGGUGGAUAGAGAGCGCUUCCUAGACGUAGAGCGCGAAAAGCAGCACACAGACGAGCCGUAUGCGCCCACGCAUAUCACCAUUCACCCGCCUGCCAACGACAAUCGCAAGCGCGCCGUAGAGAAGUUCGCAUUCACAACGGUUUUCGAAGAGCAUGUUGGCCAGCGUGAGAUCUUUGAGAGCACCGGCAUACUACCGCUUGUGGAAGGCGUACUGGGCGGCAAUGGCAAGGAGCGCAGAGAUGGCCUGGUGGCGACACUGGGCGUCACCGGUAGCGGCAAGACUCACACCAUCUUGGGCUCGAAGUCAGAGCGCGGCAUUACUCAGUUGACGCUCGAUAUCCUUUUCAAGCGUGUCGAAGCCGGAUUGGUCGACAUCGAGACUAGCCACGUUGCCAUACAGUCGCUCUGCAGUGCCGAUGUCUCAGAGGCACAUUUGAUUACUGCCGCACAGUUCUUCGAUUCGGUCUAUCCGGGCGAUAGCGGCGGCUUUAGCAGAGCCACCACGCCCGCGCUGGAAACCUCCUUUCUUUCCCUUCCAGCGUCGAAACGCCACCUCCCUCGCGUCUCCACUUUUCCACAGUACCCUCCCAUCGACGACAUCAGCCUCGACAUGGAAACGAACGCCGAGUACGCCAUCAUAAUCAGCAUGUACGAAGUGUACAAUGACCGUAUCUACGACCUUCUCACCGCCGCCUCCUCGACCACGAAGACUCCGCAGAAACGCCGUGCCCUCCUCUUCAAGCCCACCGAAGCAUCUCCCGAUCGGAAAGUCGUCGCCGGCUUGUGCAAGGUAAUCUGCUCUUCCCUUGCCGAAGCAUUGAUGGUCUUAGAAACAGGCCUGCAAGGACGCAGGGUUGCGGAUACGAAUUCCAAUGCCGUAUCUUCACGCAGCCACGGCUUCUUCUGCAUGGAAGUGAAGAAGCGCCGCCGCUCUUCGCAAGCACUCCCCAUAUCCAGCCCCUGGACGAGCAGUACGCUUACCAUCGUCGACUUAGCCGGAUCUGAGCGAGCACGCACAGCCAAGACCGCUGGCGCCACGCUUGCGGAGGCGGGCAAGAUCAACGAGAGCUUGAUGUAUCUGGGUCAGUGUAUGCAGAUGCAAUCAGACAACGCCCGCAACUCGUUGGCCCCGGGUGCAGUCGAGAAGAUGGUGCCCUUCAGACAGUGCAAACUCACCGAACUCCUCUUCAGCAACAGCUUUGCCAGCAAUGGCGGCGGUAGGAGCGGCCAGCAGCAGCAAAAGGCCGUCAUGAUCGUCACAGCAGAUCCGCUAGGAGACUUCAACGCCACGAGCCAGAUCUUACGAUACUCCGCUUUGGCCCGAGAAGUCACUGUGCCGCGGAUACCGUCUGUCACUUCGACGAUUCUCUCUGGUACCGGGGCGGUAGCAUUGAAGGCAAGCGGUUGCACCACUCCAGCCGCGUUGCAAGGGGAGCUGGAGCAAGCUCUCGCCGACAUAUCGAGACUUCGCGAGGAGCUGGAAGUCACCCAGCUCUUGCUGGAAGAGGAAACGCGACGAAGGCAGGAUGCCGAAAAUGCCUGGCAAGCCGCCGAAGGCAGGAUGGAGGAGAUUGAGGCGGAAGUUAGGGAGGAGGUCUGGACGGAGAUGGAGGCUAAGCUAGCGCUGGAGCAGAGACGAUGGAGGGCGGCGAGGGAUGCGGAGAUGGAUGCCCAGGAUGAGCAUUUGGAUCGGAAACUCGAGCUCCUCACGCACCAGCUCAGCGUGUACGAGGACGACACGGCAGACAAGGAGAACAUCUCAGACUCGCAGUUGCCGUCCGACAAGGAGGCGGGAAAGGAGAGAGUGCAAGUGAGAGGCAUUGGGGGUGAUCUCACGCCGAAGUAUGCAGAGCUUGAAGAGGAAAAUGUGCGGUUGAGGGAGGAGGUGGCGCUGAUGCGGAGGGAAAGGGAAUCGGUGAGGAGUCCAAGUAAGAAGAUAAGGGUAUUGAAGCCUAGUCGUAGAUGGCAGGGGAGUGGAAUUGGGGUGGAGGAUGUGUGAGGAAUUGUUGGUCAUUGCUUUGCAUAUACAAUGAAGAGGAUGUUCAGUCUUGCGAUGCAUUCCCCGCUGGUUGCUGCAAUCCUCAGCGAAGCAUUGUGUCUUCCAAUUCGAGACGUUCAGUCACCAGUCUCAC